GUAUUAGUGCAAAGUUACUUCUCAUAACAAGUUGUGUUGGAUUCCUACAGAAAUGCUGCACAGGACUAUUGUGAUGCCUGCAGGUCGGCACACAGCAUCAUUAAUAUUUCUUCAUGGUUCUGGGGACACAGGUGUCGGAAUUCAGAGCUGGAUUGCUGACUGCUUCGAUGGUACAGGAGAUAAACAGGGGUUUAAUUUUAACCAUAUUAAGGUUAUAUAUCCAACAGCACCACCUCAGCCAUAUACCCCAAUGAACGGUAGAAUCAGUAACGUUUGGUAUGACCGCCACAAAAUAUCUUACGAUACUCCUGAAAUUGCAAAAUCUGUGGAUGAAAUGUCGGACAAGCUGACAGAACUGAUUCAGGCAGAGGUGAAUGCUGGAAUACCUCCAUCUCGCAUCCUUGUUGGAGGAUUCUCAAUGGGAGGUUCAAUGGCGCUUCAUCUUGGUUUUCGAAAUCAUUUGGAUCUUGGAGGAGUAUUUGCUCUGUCAUCAUUUCUCAGUGCUGAAUCUACUGUCUAUGAUUCAAUAUUAGAACAUCAAAAAACUGAAAACUCCAUGCCAGAACUAUUCAUGGCUCAUGGAAAUAAAGAUCCUCUUGUAUUGUUUGAGUGGGGAAAGAAAACAUUUCAAAAAUUAACUUCCUUGGGGGUUAAAGGUCAAUUUCAUAAGUUUAAAUAUUUUCAUGAGAUUGGUUUCAAAGAAUUAUUGAUGCUUAGAAACUGGAUUGUAGAACGAAUACCAGAUGACACAAAUUCAUGACUGUAACAGUGCUGGGUGGACUCUACCAGGAUUCGAGUCAAAUACUCGAUGUGACUGGAGGUGGACGACUAGGCUCAUCUAUCCGCCAUAAGCUUGUUGAAGCAAUAACUCAAAAUAGACCGUGUUGAUGCCAACCUGGUUUGAAAUUAGGAGAAUAUUUAUUGUGAGAUGGAAGUAUUAAAAAACUUCAUAAACCCACUCACAUUCACAAGAAAGACUGUUACUGCGUCGUGCUACAGUCUGUGAUACAAGUAUUGAACGUGUUCCCCCAAAAAUAAGACGGUGUCUUAGUCAAUUUUCUUUCGAAAAAUAACACUAGGGUUCAUUUUCGGGGGAUGUCUUAUACUUAUAUUUAUCAA